GGAAGACUGACCUUAGUAUUAAUGGGGCAUCUUCUGUAUUUGUCAGCUAUGGUCCUAGUGCUGUUUGACCCCUGUGUGGGAGGCCGAAUGGUGUCUAUUCAAAAAGGACCUCUUUAUCGAGUAAUAGGGACACACAUCACUAUUUCGUGUAAUGUCAGUGGCUACCAAAAAUCAGUGGAACAGAAUUUUGAGUGGAUCGCUUAUCAGUCCUCAGCUCCACAGACGCAGAUGAAUAUCAUCAGCACUAAGGACAGAAGAUUCUCUUAUGAUUACUACUCCACGCGUAUUGAAAGUAGGGAAAUCUACAUUGAAAAGACUAAGGAAGAUUCUGUCCUCCUGCACAUCACGGAUCUCAAGGAUACAGAUGAUGGUGUAUAUGAAUGCCACACACCCAACACAGAAGAUGUUUAUCUUGGGACUUACAGUGCUAAAACAAAUAUCUCAGUAAUUCCAAACAACCUCUCUGUAACCAUGAAGUCACAGAUUCUCAUGCAAAAUGAAGGCGAUUCUUUGGAUCUCAUUUGUCAAGUAUCGACGGCAACAGCACAACAUACCCACAUUUCUGUUGCUUGGUAUGUAAUACCAGAAGGAAAGGACAGAAAGGCCCAGAACAUUCUUUCCCUGUCCAAAGAUUACAUUCUGCUUCCAGGCCCUUCCUACACUGAGCGGUUCAACACAGGAGACAUCAGGCUAGUGAAAAUUGGGGAUACGGAAUAUAAAUUUUCCAUCAUCAAACUUAAACAUUCAGAUCAAGGGAAAUUGUAUUGUGAAGCAGUGGAGUGGAUUCAAGACCCUGAUGGAACUUGGAAAGAUAUUGUCCAGAAACAGACAGAUACAGCACCACUGACCAUUAAACCUCUUGAUAAAAAAUUGAGUAUGAAUAACCCUGCUGUCAAAAAUUCAACUCUGAAUGGAAAAGAAACGCAUCUCUAUUGCUCAGUGGAAAGCCAGAAUAUCCAUGGUUCUGUAUGGCUUGGCUCAGUCAUGAUGGGGUGGUGGUUAGUACUAAUCAUUACUGGGCCUUGUCUGUCUGAAUGACAGUGAAGCAAGACCUAGUGUGAGAAAUCUUCUAGUGCAGCAGCAAAACAAUGACAAGCAUAUCUUUAUGAUAAGUCAGAUGGAACUGAUAGACAAAGGUACAUGGAGCUGUAAGAUUUCCGAACUAGAAGACACACACUAGGUUCAUUUAUCAUUAUACAUGAACAAUUAAUCUGGCAUCAGUACAAAUAUGAAGUCUCAAGGUCAACUAGGCUAGAUUUUUUUUCUAUACAUAAAUCAAAAUUGUGCUGACUGAUAAAAUGCCGUUUUUGCUCAGAACUGAUAGAUUGUAUCUUUUCUGUUAUGUAGGGCGAAUGUAUUUGUUUAGAAUUUUCCAGAUCUACUCACAUUCUGCAGGUGAAGUCGUUCUCAGAUAUUUUGGGGUAUUUGGGAAAUUGUGAGG